UAUCCAAAGGCCCCCAACAUUCUCAAAUUCAAAACUCUUUUAAGUUAGAAUAUCAAGUACACAGAAAUUUGCAUUGUCCGGUCGUUUGAAAACUAGAAAUGCUUUUCUACCCGCCGAACCCCGUUUGGUGAAUUUACAUGUCGAAUUCUCCCGGCUCACUGUCAAGCUCAAGUGAAGAGCAGCAGCACAGUGUACAAUGUAAUUUUACAUGUGCUGAAGAAGAAAGACAAACCUGAUUCAGCUCAGCCAACUACUCUUCUUCAUCAGGGUUUCCCUUGACUGUUAGUUGCAUGCAUACUGGCUUUCCCCCCACAUAUUCAAUCUCAGCUUCUGCAUCCCCUGAAUUCUGCCAUGGAUUAUCAACCAAAGGUUGCCAUGCACAAGAUUACGACCUCACUCCACUUGGUUCACAGGAUCUUAGACAGCAUCCUGGAUAGAGCCUACGACGACAAACUAGACAGGCUAUACGAGAGCGUCAACAAUGAUGAUCAAAGGGGUGGCCUGAAGAUUCUAGCAUCACAGGCUCAUCACAUACAUGAGCUGGCAAAGGAGGUUCAGAUCAACUUCUCAGGGUACAUGGAGAUGCAAAGAAAAGAAGAGAAAAGGUUUGGGAGUAUGAUAUCAAGCCUAAAGAAGGAGAACCAGGAUAUCAGAAGCAUGCUGAAGAUUGCUGUCACUGAGAAGGAGGCAGCAGAAAACAGGCUCUGUGUACUGAAGGGUGAUAAGGAUCAGGGCAGAAGUGCAAUCCUGCAGAUUGCUGAGAAGGGAUUGCACAAGGUUGGCUUUGGCUUCAUCAUGGAUGUGAUCACUGGAGAAUCAGAAAGAGAGGAAAACAUGAGCAGCAACAGUGCGACUGAAAUAUCCACUACUGGAAGAGAAAGCGAUCAGGGCGUUGACAGUCUGACUUCAGUAGUUGGAAAGACGAUGGAAAAUAUGCAGAAUGAGAUAAAUGACCUAAGGCAGGCCUUACAUAAGUCCAGGUCAGAUUGUGAUCGUUUGCAACUUCUUGCUGCUGAACAGGCCCAGAAAAUAGUCAAAUACGAGUUGCACAUUAAAGAUUUGGAAGAAAGAGAAAUAUUCCUACUUCACAGCGUUGAAGAACUCACUGUAGAUCUAAAAGAAGUAGAACGGGAGGCUGCAAGAUGGAGGGAAGCAUGUGAAUUGGAGGUAGAAGCUGGAAAGGAUGCUAUCAAACAACUCAACCAGGAGGUCGCCUUGCUCACAGAAGAACUGAGAAGGGUAAAAGCAGACUUGGAAGCUGCAAACAGUAAGCUACAGCUGAAAGAAAAACUAGCUGCCACUGCAAUGGCAGCACAAGCUGCUGCUGAUGAAUGCCUCAAGCUUGCAGACAGUAGAUCUGCUGGGCUACAACUGAGGAUAGAAGAGUUGACAAAGCAGAUAGAGCAAGAAGAUGAGCAUGCAGGAAAGGAGCGAGGGAGUGCUCACAGAAGAACAAGAUACGCUUGCUGGCCUUUGCGACGACUUCGGGUCAUAUCAGCAUCCUCUAGUGCCAGGAAAUGGUUUGUUGAUCAGAAUGGCAGGUUGCCACCUGGGACAGAAGCACUACUGCAAAUAAGGAUCUAACAAAUAUUCAGAGUUUCCUUGUGCUAGAGAUAUAAUGUUGUCCAUUAUGUUUUGAAUGUUUGCACAUGCAUAUCUAAGGUGUUUUGAAACAUGUUUA